AUGCGACAACGAACCAUCACCUCAAGCGCAAGCGCGCUCCUGCUCCUCAUCGCGACUGUCGUCAGCGCGAAACACAGCGGCAUCCACGAGCAUCUCGAAGCUCUACACAAACGACACCGCGCUAGCCGUGAAGUGGCCGCCAGGUCGACUGUUGAAAAUGGAGAACAGGGGGUAGAGAUAAGAGCGAUCCCAGAAACCACAACUUCGAAUGCCAACGUCGAGAAGCGGCAAGGACAAUGCGCUUUCCCGACCGACGCUGGCUUGGUCCCUGUCACGCCCGGCCGUCAGAACGGCGGGUGGGCCAUGAGUCCAGAUCAGCCAUGUACGCCGGGCAGCUAUUGUCCAUACGCCUGUCCGCCCGGUCAAGUCUCAAUGCAAUGGGAUCCCAGUGCGACAUCGUACUCAUACCCGAAGUCCAUGAAUGGUGGACUGUAUUGUGACAGCAAUGGAAAUAUCCAAAAGCCGUUCUCCAACAAGCCAUACUGCCAGCAAACCAGCAGCAACAUUGGCGUCCAGAACAAUGCUGGUGGUGUCGUUGCUUUCUGUCAAACCGUUCUGCCCGGCAAUGAAGCCAUGUUGAUUCCCACAUCCGUCACUAGCUACGCAAGUCUUGCUGUGCCGGAUCCAAGCUAUUGGUGCGAGACGGCCGCACACUAUUACAUCAAUCCCCCAGGGAUCAGCACCGAUGAAGCGUGCGUCUGGGGCAGCAGCUCUAAUCCCUAUGGCAAUUGGUCCCCGUACGUCGCCGGAGCCAAUGCCGACAACUCGGGCAACACGUACAUCAAACUUGGGUGGAAUCCCAUCUACCUGGAGCCAACGACUCCUUUCCGCAACGAGGUGCCAACCUGGGGUGUCAAGAUUGAUUGCCCCAAUGGCGGUUGCAACGGUCUGCCCUGCGCAAUCGACCCCAGUCAAAAUGGCGUGAAUGAAAUGACUGGCGGCUCUAGCAAGGGGGCGGGCGGUGGUGCAUUCUGCGUCGUCACCGUCUCGCAGGGUGCAACCGCCAACUUUGUCAUCUUCAACGCUGGUGGUGAUCAGAGUGACGGCAACAGCGGCAGCUCGAGUUGGGGCCAUCCAAGCUCGUCCGGUGCAAACAACAACAAUAACAAUGGUGGUCAAUUCUUCAGCCAGACCAGCAGCUCCUCCCCGUCACCCACCGACUCCUCUUCUUCCUCCCAACCUACUUCCAGCCAAGCUCCGACGACGUCUUCAGCGCCAACUUCAUCCGAAGACUCCUGGACGUCUUCGUCGGCGCUCACAACGAGCUCGUACCCCGCCGCCCUAACAAUGACUGCGCCCACGACGACCGACUACGGUACCCGGCUGCCAUCUGAGUCCCCGUACUAUUCGUUGUUCAACCACACGACCUACGCCGUUCCUACCCUGGGCUCCAGCGGAAUCCCUGCCGAGGCUACAGCGGUGCCGUCUGGGCCAAGCGCUUCAUCAAUCUCUUCGAUGGUCCCGGGUACCGGGGCGGCCUCGAUGGUGAGAAAUUCCGCCGUCAACAUCCUUUCGGCUCUGGCCUUGUGCGCCGUGGCCGCAUUAUGA